AUGGCAGCGUAUCGCAAGCCCAGAUGCAUUCCAAUCGCUUUUGCAACCUUUGAUGGGUUGCCAAAUGAUCCCGCAUCCCUUUACCUCUCCAACACUUCUCACGACCUGAUCAUUUACGUUGCGCCAACGCGCGUCGUCAAUUUGAUCAACAUCUCUUACUUAAGCAACGCGCUCUCAAGAAAAGAGAAGGAGGCAUCUGCAAUGAAAAGCUUCCUCGAGACCGGUACCGCAUCCUUAGUAUUCUUCGACGCGCGCAAGACAGCGAAGAUUCUGUUCGAGGAAUGCGACAUCAGGCUAUCCAACCCACCCGGUACGGAACGAGCCCGCAUUCAUGAAGUACAGAUGAUAGAGCUCGCAGUGCGUGAGGGUGACUAUGGUCGGGAAUGGCUAGCGAGCCUUGACAAGUGUAUCGCCCGGCACUCAGGUCUCGAUGUUACUGCGCUUAUGCCAGACGAUUCGAUUGGCGUCAAUCAGUUCGACAGCAGAAUCUUGCAUCUACCAGUGUUGUGGAAGAGAUACCAUGACCAGUUACGUGCAAGCCGUUACGGAUUUGGCGGAGGGGGCUUUUGGGUAGCUAAAAUCCGGACGGAUACCCGACUGCGACUGGCCGUGUCAUGUGGUGAAACCCACUAUGGGUAUAGCGCCGACGGUGCUAAAAGCGGUUGGUACAGGGAACGUGUAGAAGAGGAGACUGAUGCCUGGAACGAUGAUCUUAUGGACGACAUACGCCAUGGCGGCGAGAUACUGGGCGACGAUCAUUGGGCAAAUUUUAAUCUGUUGUGA